GAGGGGUGGAUCCUCUAGUGGAGCUCGACCUUGCGGGGGUGAGCUUCGGAGAGACAGACGUUGGCAGUGUAGACUUGGAAGCGGGCGCCAUCGACGCAAAGGGCGCCUUAUCCCAGUGCUCGGUGAAGGAGGUCGCGGGCCAGUUCGGGCUCGGCCACAGGGUGAAAGCGAAUGACUGGCAGGUGGGAACCGUCCGGGGUGACGACCUGAAGCGCCGCGACCAGGUCGACCCGGGCGAGGUGCUGGAGGCGGCGUUCGAGGCGAUGCGCGCGGGCUGGACGCGGGCGCUGCACUUCUGCAACGAUGGCGCGGGGAGCUGCCUGAGGGGCGCGGGCCUGGCGGUAAUGAAGGGCCGCUCUGCGCUUCCGUUGGGCCGGGGCUCGCGCGGGGCAGGGGGCGCCUGCGCGGGCGGCGUGGCCGUGGUCGCCGCCGAGCCGCUUGGCGCUGCAAAGAGUCUGCUGGAGGUGAAGCGCGUCGCCGAGCACGAGGGCCUCUCGUUGCGCCCGCCUGAGGUUGGGAAGGUCGUGGAGUCGCUAGGCCUGGUGCUGGGGAAGGGGCGUCUCGAGCUGAGGCAUGCCCCAGACAGGUCGCGGCGGUUCUGGGCGGCUAUUCUAGCUCUGAGGUGCCGCAAGAAGGUGAGGAGCGGCGAUUUGGAGGUCUGGCUGGGGCACGCGAUCAACAUGAUGGGGUUGCGGCGGGCUCUGACGGCCAUCUUGCGGAUCGACUUCGUGCUGAGGCGUGAGUUGUGGGCCGUGGAGAGCAUGAUUUUCUUUGCCUACGCGCGCCUGUCCAUGCCGCUCUCAGAUGCGGCGCGCGUCUUGGGCUGCCCGACGGAAGGAUAUGGAUUUCUAUAUCGGCGAGCUGCCAGCGACACCAUACUGGAGGAAAAGCGGCACCGCGAGAGAUGGAGGUUCAUGGGGACCGAGCCAGAGCCCGAGCGACGCUUCGCGACCACCAGUUUUGCUCGGAAGCGGGCCUGGGGCUACUCGGAUGGCGGCGACUCCGACGACGCCGACGAGCAGAUCUUGGCGGACCCAGAGGUGCGGGGCCAGGCAACUGGAUGCGCGGCUGGCGCCGAUGCUGCCUAUGCCCGCCGGGCCGGCCUGGCGGCCUGCGCUGGCAAGGCGCCGCGGCAUUCGCGUCUGCGGCGCCGGCGUGGCGUAGAGGUGGAGGUGCCCGCUGCCAUCCCUCUGGUCUCCAAGGUCUGGGCAGACCGCUCGACUUGGACCCUGGCGACGCGUGGCCUCUGGGCCUGGCCUGAGGAGCACAUCGACGUGAAGGAG